AUGCGUAUGGAUCAGUGCAUACCGAUGGUAGGAGCUGUGGCGCUGCCCGAAAAAAGAUCUCCAGGAACAAUCGGAUCGAAAUUCGAACUCGUUACCAACUUGACUGCCUUAAAAUUUUCAAUGUCUACAAUACACAACGAUUUGAUGUCCAAUUUAGAAUUGAAGCCCAAUGUGCCAUAUUAUAAGUACGACGUGCGCAUGUACAUCGUGUACAAGGGGGAUGAUGCACGAGAGCACUUGAAGGAACUAACCAAGCAAACGAAAGACGAUUUCCCUGAACAGGAACGCAAAGUCGCCGCGGUAGCUGUAUACAAGCAUAUUUUGAAGUCUUGCGCAGACGUUUUCCCUAAGGAUGGGACUUUCUUCUAUGACAGGGCUGCUGUUCUCUUUUCAGCUCAGAGGGAACUUAAACUCGGAGGAGAGGAAAAAGUGAUGAUGUUGCCCGCAAGUCUGGUGUCAGCAGCUGGUAGCGGUGCUACCGGUAUUCGUGUCGUAAUCAAAAAAGUCACAGAUGGGUACCAGACUUCGCCGCACGAGCGAUUUCAUAUAGAAGUCUGA